AUGGCACACAAUGGAUGUUCAGCGGCUGGCCUGCUUUACGGCUUUGCUUUCUUCCUUCAUCUGCUGCACAUUGCUAACGGAGACGUGAGCUAUUCUAUUCCCGAGGAAAUGAAACCCGGAUCUGUCAUAGGAAAUAUAGCAAGGGACCUCGGGCUGAACGUGGGGAAAUUAUCAGCCCGAAAGGCCCGCAUUGACAGCGAGCUGAAUCGUGAGAGGUACUGUGACAUAAAUCUUAACACCGGAGAUUUGAUCGUAGCUGAGAGAAUUGACCGAGAGGCGCUUUGCGGUGAAAAGGCAUCUUGUGUCCUUGCAUUUGAGUUGAUCCUAGAAGCUCCCCUCGAGUCCCACCGUAUUACACUACAGAUACAUGAUAUCAAUGACAAUCCGCCUGUUUUUACUAAAGAGGAAAUCAAGAUAGAAAUCAGUGAACUGGCUGUAAAGGGAUCCCGCUACCGUGUUUUGGAGGCGCACGAUAUAGAUAUUGGACAAAACGCUGUUCAACGCUAUAAAUUAGAGACGAACAAUUAUCUAGUGCUUAAAGUUCAGUCGAAAUCAGAUGGGGGCAAAUACGCAGAACUGGUUUUGGAUAAGGAGUUGGACCGCGAAGAACAGCAGGAAUUGAGAUUGCUGCUCACUGCAGUAGAUGGAGGCAGUCCUCAAAGAACUGGCACUGCAACUGUGCAUGUGACUGUGCUGGAUGCGAAUGAUAACGCUCCAGUGUUUAGCCAGAACGUGUAUGAAGCCAUUCUUCCUGAAGACUCUCCUCUAGGUACUGUAGUUGUUAAAGUGGCUGCAACAGAUGCAGAUGAAGGCCUAAAUGGUGAAGUAACUUAUGAAUUAAGUCGUAUUUCAGAAACAGGCAAACGAGUGUUUGCUUUAAAUCACACCACAGGAGAAAUACAAGUAAUAGGGCCUUUGGAUUUCGAGAAAGAGUCAACGUAUGAAAUGCGCGUUGACGCCAAAGAUGGAUAUGGCCUUACCUCAGAUUCUAAAGUGAUAAUUGAAAUCUCCGAUGUUAAUGACAACGCACCUGUAAUCAAUUUAAAAUCUCUUAAUAACCCCAUACCUGAGAAUGUGUCACCUGGUACAGAGGUGGGCAUCAUUAAUGUGCAGGACAGAGACUCUGGAAAUAACAGACAGGUCCACUGCUCCAUUCAGCAAAAUGUCCCUUUUAAGUUGGUUCCUUCCAUUAAAAACUAUUAUUCUCUGGUGAGCACAGGACAACUGGACCGUGAAGUGGUGUCUGAUUACAACAUUACAAUCACUGCCACUGACGAGGGCUCUCCACCUCUGUCCUCCUCUAAAAGUGUCCAGUUAUCUGUAGCUGACAUCAACGACAACCCACCUGUGUUUGAGGAACAGUCGUACAGCGCAUAUGUGAGUGAGAAUAACAAACCUGGCUCCACUUUAUGUUCCGUUAGUGCUCGAGACCCCGACUGGAGACAAAACGGUACAGUGAUUUAUUCUCUGUUAUCCGGUGAGGUGAACGGUGCCCCGGUGUCCUCCUAUGUGUCAGUGAACGGAGACACGGGGGUGAUCCACGCUGUGAGGUCGUUUGAUUAUGAACAGUUCAGGAGCUUUAAAGUCCAGGUGAUGGCCAGAGACAACGGUUCUCCUCCGCUGAGCAGCAACGUGACCGUCAGUGUGUUCAUAUCGGAUGUGAACGACAACUCUCCUCAGAUACUGUACCCCGCCCCGGAGGGCAACUCCUUCAUGACCGAGCUGGUCCCCAAAGCUGCACACGGAGGCUCUCUGGUGUCCAAAGUGAUAGCGGUGGACGCGGACUCCGGCCAGAACGCCUGGCUGUCCUAUCAUAUUGUCAAAUCCACUGAUCCGGGACUUUUCAGUAUUGGUGUCCACAGCGGAGAGAUCAGGACACAGCGGGACAUUUCUGAAUCUGACAGCAUGAAACAGAACCUUAUUGUGGCAGUGAAAGAUAACGGACAGCCCUCUCUGUCUGCCACCUGUUCCAUGUAUUUGCUUAUUUCUGAUAACUUGGCUGAGGUGCCAGAGCUGAAGGAUAUUUCUUAUGAUGAGAAGAAUUCCAAACUGACCUCUUACCUGAUCAUCGCUCUGGUGUCAGUGUCCACCUUUUUCCUGACCUUCAUCAUCAUCAUCCUGGGUGUGAGGUUUUGUCGCAGGAGAAAGCCCAGACUGUUGUUUGACGGAGCAGUGGCCAUCCCCAGCGCUUAUCUCCCUCCUAAUUACGCAGACGUUGACGGCACAGGAACUUUACGCAGCACGUACAAUUAUGACGCCUACCUGACAACAGGUUCUAGAACGAGUGACUUUAAGUUUGUGACGUCAUACAAUGACAACACACUGCCAGCUGACCAGACUCUGAGGAAAAGUCCAACAGACUUUGUUGACGUGUUUGGCUCUGCAGAUGAGUCUCCAGAGGAAAUUACUACGUAG